ACACUACAAAGUGUUAAUUAAAUAAAAGCACGAUUUUUCAUAUGUUUUGGUUCAUAAACUUUUUUAUCGCUCUCUAUUAAAAUGCUGUUUAAGCUUAUAACUUUUUUGGGGCUAGUAACUUUGCUUUUUGUCUGUGUCCUAGGUGACAAUGAUUCUGAGGCAUCUUACAAGGUUGAAGCUUUACCUGAAUCGUAUGCACAUCUAGCAGAAGGACCCCACUGGGAUAUUGCAGCUCAAAGCUUAUAUAUGGUUGAUAUUUUAGCUGGAAGACUAAGGCGUUUUGACUACAAAUCAAACAAAAUUUACGAAUGCCAAAUUGAAAACGAAACACUUGCUUCAUUCAUCAUACCAAUCGAUGGAUUUACUGACCAAUUCGCUGUUGGAAUUAAACAUCGCAUCUCAAGCGUUAAAUGGGAUGGCAUUUCAAAGUCCUGCAAAGUCCAUAAAACUAUCCUAACCGUCGAAGAAUCAAGUAAAUACGAACAUAAUCGUUUUAAUGAUGCAAAAUGUGAUCCCCGUGGUCGACUUUUUGCUGGAACAAUGCAACAAUCUGACAGUAAAAAACGUACUGCAAAUUUAUACAAAGUUACGGAUCUCAAUUCAUAUGAACUAAUGCUAACAAAGUUAGGAAUUUCGAAUGGUUUAACGUGGAAUGAAAAAGAAAAUAAGUUCUAUUAUAUUGAUUCCGAUGAUUUCAAUGUUAAAUCAUUCGAUUAUGACCUCAAUAAUGGUAAAAUUAAAAACCCAAAAGUUAUCUUUGAGUUGAGUGGUUAUGGAAAUGGUGUAGUUCCAGAUGGCAUGACAAUAGAUUCCGAAGGAUUCUUGUUUACAGCAAUUAAUGGUGAUUCAGCUGUAUUCAAAAUUGAUCCAAAGAAUGGCGAAGUUUUGCUUAAAAUAAAAAUACCAGCUAAGGAAGUUACUUCGGUUGCGUUUGGUGGCCCACAUUUGGACAUUUUAUAUGUCACAACAUCUGAUAAAACACCACCAUCGGGAAGAUCGCAGACUUAUAAAGUGACCGGACUAGGUUCAAAAGGAUUGCCAAUGAAAAACGUAAAACUUGAAAACAUUGACUAUUGAUUUACCUCUUUCUUUACAUUUAUUAAUAAAUAAAGACAAUAUAUUUAGAAAAUUCCAUAA